GCGGCGAGUUGGGACGCGUCUUUGGAGAGAGAGACAGAGGAAUAGAGAGAGGACUCACCGCAACUUUCAUGUCUUCAUCCCUCUCCGACAGGGGAUCCAAAGACUCGUCGCUCGGGGUUUUCCUGUGUUUGUGAAUCGGCGGAGGAGUCUCGGUGGGUUAGCUGACUCCCGGUCUCUUGGUCAUCGGAAAACCAGCCGUCCAUCCAAUGUGCGUAAAGGGGCUCUAUGUCUUCACCGUCCUGUCUGGACUCGCAGCUUCAGGCGUGCUGCAGGUCAGCGGGAUCCGCAUAUACACAUCUGGGGAAAUGGAGGCGGUGAACGGGACGGACGUUCGUCUCAAGUGCACGUUCCAGAGUUCGGCUCCUAUCAACCCCAACUCCGUCGUCAUCUCCUGGACCUUCAGACCUCUCACGCAAGGCCGAGAGGAGUCGGUGUUCCACUACCAGCAGCGAGCCUAUCCGCCUUUAGAGGGCAUUUUCAGGAAGCGAGUCGUUUGGGACGGUGACAUCAUGGGCCGUGACGCGUCCAUCAUAAUUCGACAGGUCAAGUUCACCUACAACGGCACCUACAUCUGCCAGGUGAAGAACCCGCCGGACGUCCACGGGCCGGUUGGAGAGAUUCGACUCCGUGUCGUCUACUCAGCCUCUUUCUCUGGACUUGUCCUUCUGGCGCUGGCCAUCGCGGGCGGUAUCGCCGGCGUCGUCAUCCUCCUCGUCAUCAUCGUGUCCUGCAGGAGGUGCAAGAAAAAGAGACAGAGGCAGCUGGAAGGGAACGAGGAGGCUCCUCCCCGCAAGGAGAGAAAAGAUCCCACUGCGUGCCACCCGUCAAGGGCCGUCCACCUCUACAUGUCAGAGACGUCCAUAGAGAUCGACAGUUCAGACGGCAUGAUCUCAGAUGCCAGCACCAAAGACCCGAGCUCCUCGGAGGACGAGGGCCCGAGCUCGGACGACGACGACGACGGCGACGACUCCGACUGAAGAGGAGGCGAGGACGGACGGACGAAGCGAGGCAGCGACACUGAAGAUCGCUGGACGGAUGCCCAGAUGGCAGCCGUGGAUUAAGAUCCACGGUUCUCCGCUGCUGCCGCUGCACAGUCCUCCUGACUAAGAGGAAAACUGAGAGACAGUUCUGUCUCAGAGUUGUAAGAACAAAGACAUCGGGGCGACGCUUUUGAUGAUGAUCAAGGCUUUGAAACAGAAUCAAAAGUGCAGUGACUUUACUUUUGUGAGAGUCCAGAAAUAUUCAUACGAGGGAAGAAACGCUGGGCGAAGUGAGAGGCAAUGUAAUCCUGGAGCGGGGGAAGGGGGUCAAUUCAUGUUCAAUAACUGUCUGUUCUUCUCUUAGACAUGGAUCUUGUUAAGUGUAAGACGUCGAUAUUAAAAUCGGCUGGAACAAGCAAUUGAUUUGAGUGUAGGUCGUUAGAGUGAGGACAGUGUUUGCGUCCGUUAUGAGCCAUGCACAGACCUUUAUAUUCAGACUUAAUGGACAGUUUCUGUAGGGUCAUCCUUUCAGGCAGUAAUGCACGUCACCGUAACACCUGCCACCAGAGCUCUGGUUAAAAGCAGUUUCAUCCUCCGCAUGUAGGCUGGAGAGUUCCCGAUUUGUCACAUCAGGUUACUUGAAUUAAACAAAAGCAUAAACGUGACGUUUCUCUCGUUAAGUCUGAAGGCCGAAUACUUGAUCGGUGAGUAAGCAGCGCACACAACGCAACGUAAAUGUCACGAGUGUCGCGUGGGAGCGCACAGUCAGAUCUGAAAACCCUUUGAUUGCAAAAACGUCCUUGAGAGCCUUUUUUCUCUCCGUGCGCCUGUGAAUGCAUCACGUCUACUAACAAAACGACUGUAUUAACUGUUCUCUUCCUUUUAGUGGCAGAAUUUUGUACUUGUGACGUAACACUGAGCAAUAUGUUUAUAGAUUUUUUUUUUUAGACAGUGCCAGAAGUAUUUUUGUUUUGUUGUUUAAAAACGUCACUGUAUUUGUUUGUUAUAGAGCUUUUAUAUAUAUAUAUAUAUAUAUUAUAUGAAAAAACAAGAUUUUCUAAUAAAAAAUGCCUUUAAA